UCCUUUUGGUUUGAUGACUUAGACACCCGAGAAAAUCCAGGUUUCUGUAUCAAGGGAAAUUAUGACUUCAGCCGCUUCAGUUUCUGUUCCUCAAGAAUCUUCCCACCGUGAUGAGUUCUUUAUGCAGCAGAGCUUGCUUUUUACAGAUACUCUUAAGGAUUUGAAGGGUCUGAGGAAACAGUUGUAUUCUGCAGCAGAAUAUUUUGAAAUAGCCUAUAGCAAAGAAGAACAGAAACAAAUAGUGGAGGAUACUUUGAAAGAUUAUGCCAUUAAAGCUUUGGUCAAUACUGUGGACCACUUGGGUUCCGUAGCAUGCAAGGUUAACAAUUUUUUGGAUGAAAAGAUGGGCGAAAGUUCUGGAAUGGAACUUCGUUUAUCUUGCCUGCAGCAGAGAUUGCGAACAUGCCAAGAGUUUGUUAACUUAGGGGGUCUCUCUCAGCAGUCAUUGGUGUUAGAAGCACCCAAGCACCAUAAGCGGUACAUCUUUCCAGUGGAGGAGACCCUGAAUGAUGUUGCCCAGACCAGACUGAAAUCCUACCCCACUAGCAUGUGUGCUAGAUUAGACUUGCAUCAGCUUAAGAAUAUUGGUAUUCAAGCAAUAGCAGCAGAGACCCCUUCCGAGUGUGUCGGGGAUGAAUUCUUUGUCUUACGCUCUCCACAACCUUUACCAAGACAAGGCCCCCAUUUGUUCUCGAGUAUUUCAAUGAACCAAAGAUCAGAGAAUCGAUCAACCUCUCCUCGACACUUUCCACUCCCACGCUCAGGAUCUCUUAUGCAGAGAUCAACCUUUCCAAGCAAUCCUAAUACUACAAAGCGGUACCCGUCGGAGCCUCGGAGAACAGUUUCAUUGUCCACCCUGGCUGAAAGAGAGAGGUCUAAAGAUAUGGAACAAUAUUCUAGCAAAAGCAAACGUCUAUUCAAGGCUAUGCUCAGCUUGCGCAAGUCCAAAAGGGAUGUCACAUUGUACAAAUUCAUGGAUUAGAAUUGAGGGGCAAAGAUUAAAUUCAACAAUUCCGAUAAUAUACUAAUUCUUUAUCAGAGAUUUACAUUACAUGCAACGGAAAAGAAAUAUAAUGUUGAUUUCACGUCCUUAAAUUCAUUGUCUAUUUAAAGAGAUUGACAUUUCAUUACAUGCAAGGCAUUUCUUUUUGCCCUGGAUUGGAUAUAAUUUGAUUCAUACAGUCAAACGGAAAUAUAGUAUCUCUAAAGCUCAAAUCUAAAAGGGGGUUUGACUUUGCAGCAAUGGCAGCCAAAUCCAACAUCAGAUAUCUGCCCUGCCCAUAAGUUUUGUCUGUCUGCCAUUCUGCUCUGUUAAUUAAUUUCUCUACUUUUUAACUUUUUAAGUAGGUACUUUCCAUCCACUGCCUUAAAUCAACAUAUGAACGAGACAUGGGGAUUGCACUCAAUGGGGUGAAGUCAGGGGAUGGUAAUCGAUGACAGUUGAGCCACCCAAUAGGAAUUUAAGCUACAAUAAAAAUGAUGGUCCUUUCUCAAAAAGUCCUGGAUAUAUUAACAGAUGAAAUUCGGACCACCUGGGAAUUGGGAUAUGCAUCAGAAGGGUUGCUUCCAGUUAGGCAACGACAAUGAAUUUGAUUGCUACAGGCACGGUUGGAAGUUAGAACCAAUCCUGAAAGUCCAAAGCCAUCCAUAAUCCAUUUCCGCUUAAA